GCGUGAGCGCGAUACGUAUACAUGCGGAUGCGUAUAUAUGCCGAUGAGUAUAAAUUCCUGCAGUGCAUUUCUCGCAUUACAGAUAUUUAUAUGUGUGUAAAUUAAAAUAUACAUCAGUAUAUGGUAGUAUACAGUAAUGUACAGACGUAUACAGCAACGUACAGACGUAUACAGCAACUAAUGUACAGCACUCUGGUUUCCUCUGCUAACGCCUUGCUUAUUGGGGGAACAUGCAUAAAUGCACUCUCUCGUAUAUUGUAAAAUCUCAAUUUGAAUUCCUAGUUUUAAUUUGUUUAAAAAUUUAAUUAGUUUUAAUUAUAUUUAAUUUUGUUGCUUUUGAUGGGUAUGCAUGGGGUGGGGUGGGUGUAUACUCGUGGAGGUGAAAAUCCGUAUAUAAUGGCGUACUCUAAAUAUACACGUGUGUGUGUGUGUUUUUUCUGCUCAGCUAGCUAUUUUAAUUUUUCUCCCUUUUUUUUUGGCUAUUUUUGGCUAUUUUUUUUUUUUUUUUUUUUUUUUUAAAGACUUGUUCAUAUUUUUUUUGAAAAAAUAUUAUUGUGUCAGUUAAAGAAUAAACAGGGAUUUAUCAACUUUGUCCAUUUCGCUCUUGUGCACGUCGCAGUUUUCAAACAACUUCUUAUCAUAAUUGUUACACAUUCCAUAAUUGAAAAUUUUGAAAUAGUCCUUCUCUGCACCAAAACUUUUGGCCUUUCCGAAUAGAGAGAAAUUUUCCCAGCUAACAAGAUUGUCGGGGUUUUCCUUUUCCUUCAUCAUUUUGCUGCCCAUGUUAGCCUGCUGUUCACAGUCUACUCCAACGUCCAUCAUGUUAUUGCCGUUCAUUAUGUUCCUGUUGUUGCCUGAAAAAUCAGGCCUUGCCGCUCCGUUGUUCUUCUGUUCUUUGUUAAGCAUAAGGUACUUGCACAGCAUGCGUUGCGUCCUGCUGUUACAAUCUCCGCCGUUGCUCAUGUGCACGCCGCUACUGUUCAUGCUGCCCAUGUUCAUGUUCAAGCUCAUGUCGUUGAUGUUGCCCAUGUUGAGAGGUAAGUCGUUGAUGCUGUCCAUGUUCAGGGGCAAGUCGUUCAGGCCGUUCAUGUUGAGCGGCAGGUCGUUCAGGUUGUUCAUGUUGAGCGGCAGGUCGUUCAGAUCGUUCAAGUCGUUCACAUUCAUGUUGCCCAUGUUGUUCAAAUUGCCCAUGUUGUUCAGGUUGCCCAUCCCGUUCAUGCCGUUCAUGCCGUUCAUGCCGCUCACGCCACUCAUACCGCCCAUGUUCAUGGCCAUGUUGCUCACGUUGCUCAUGUUGUUCAUGUUGUUCAUACCCAGGCCGUUCAAGCCGCUCACGCAGUUCAUGUUGCCCCCGCUGUUCCCGUUGUUCAUGUUCAUGUUCAUGCCACUUACGCUCAUUCCGCUCACGCCGCCCACGCCAUUGGCGCUGUUCAUGCUGUUCAAGCUGCUUAUGCUGCCCAUGCUGUUCAAGCUGCUUAUGCUGCCCAUGCUGUUCAUGCUAUUCAAGGUGUUCAUGGCGUUGACGCUGUUGUUUAUGGUGUUGGCACUAAAAAAAAGGUCCUCGUAAUUCAGCUUCUCCAGAUUCGUUCCACUAAAAUUGUAAUAAUUAUCUUCCGAUCCGUUAUUGUGCAUAUUCAUACUCAUGUCCAAAUUUUCAGCAUUCGGUGAGGCCAUGUUAAAGUUCAUUAAGGAGGACGAAUUGCUGUUGUUUCCAAUGCCUUUACCAUUCCUCGCAUAUUUCAUUAGGGCUCCGCUGCUACCAUUGCUACUUCCAAUCAUGUUGUUGUUCGCGAAAUUCCCCAACGAAUUGUUUCCAACUUCAUUUAGCAUGCUGUUGCCAAUGCUGCUUCCUUUUCCAAAUUUUUCUAUACCACUGUUGUGUUCUUCUAGGAAGCCCAAAACGUUCAAAUUGUCAUUCAGAAAUUGCUCCUCAUUGAACUUUGUACAAUCCUCAUGCUUUAGGUAGUUUCCUACGGACGAUGGAGUGGCAUUCCUGUUCCUUCCGUCACACCUACUGCUGCUGCUGUUGUUCAUAAUUUCUGCGUUCUUGUACUUGUGGUUCUUGUGGCCCUUCUUGUGGUAGUCGUGCGCAUCGUUCUUCCUGCCAAUCUUGUUGCUGUUGUGGUUCGAGCUGUGGUGAGCAACGUGGUUUGGGCCGUGAUUUCCGUUGUGGCUUCCGCUGUGGCUUCCGCUGUGGUUUUGGCCGUGAUUUCCGCUAUGGCUUCCGCCGUGACUUCCGCUAUGGUUUACGCCGUGCUGGUUGCCAUUUCCGCUGUGGCUUCCGCUCGUGCUUCCACUCUUGACGGCGUUUUUUGCGCCUCCCUUCUUGCUGCAGUCGUAGGAGUUGUCCGUCGUGCUGUCGUUAAGUGCAUGGGGGUCCAUUGCUUCCGUAACAUCGCCAACACCAUCGUCUUCCGUGAGCGCGCUAACCUUGUUCGGGUGAGUCGUCUCCUUCUUCUUGGGCAUAACACAAUACGUUUCAUUCCUCUUUCCGUUUUCUCCGUUGUGCAUAUUGUUGCUGAUGCCGUUUCCGCUCUUCUUCUUUUCAUAAUCCAAUUUGUCGUUCUUCAUUUUGCUCGUUCCAAUGAUUAUAUUCUUGUCUGUUAUUUCCAUUGGAUGUUCCCUUAAUUCAUUCUGGCCAUGAGCAUACCUGCAAAAUUGCCCUGAGAAGCAUUUCCCCUUAAUAAAGCUUUCGCACAAGGCCGUUUUGUACAAAUUUUCCGUGGCUCUCAAUUCGAUGUUCGUGUGAGCGUACUUGCACUUCUUAUCAUUGCAUGAUUCGUUAAUUUUCAAUUUCGGGCACAGGCUCGUUUUGCACAAAUUGGGCAACUCUCUCAGUUCAUUCUGUGCAUGCGCGUACAAGCAGGUCUUCCUCCUUUCGCACUUUCCUUUAAUAUACCAUGGGCAGAUCUUCGUCUUGUAAAAGAGAAUCCUCCUCUCGCUAGUGUUUACCACAUUGCUCAGAUUAUCUUCCUUCCUCAUGUUCCUAAAUUCGUCAUUCAUCUUUUCCUUCGGUGCCGUGGGAAACAUUUUCUUUUCCAUAAACUUCGCAAAAUUUUUCUUGCCGUUCAUUUUGUGGAGAUAUGGUGCAGGUGUAAAAGUUGGGUGCAGUUGAUUUGACUUCCCUUUUGGGUGGACUUAUUUUUUUGUUUUCUUUUUGCUAAGCGUGGGUAGCUAUAUAUAUAUAAUAUAUACACGCGUGUACUUCUUUUCCCCUGUGUGGCUGCCUUUUCGCGCUUCCUCUUCUUCUUCUUCUUUAGCGUGUGUUCGAGCGAAUCUACAGGUAUACGCUCAGUGCUGUACAAUCACAAUUAAAUGGUAAAAAAGUGGCCACAGCAAUUAACACCUUACGGGCACGGAAACGUAUGCACCGCGGGGUUGAAAAAAUAUCUCUCUCCUUGUACGGUAAUAAAAAUGAUGCAGGCAGUGCGGUUAUUAGCACCCGUAUAAUCGUAUAAGCAUUAACCCAAUAGGCGCUUUGCAAGUUGCGCAAUGCUAAUUUUGCAAGUGGAAAAAAAUGUACCCCGUGUAUUAUACUCCACAGUAAGGGCGUUACACAAAGGCAUAAAAAGGGUAAACAGUUUGGAUAAAACACAAUGAUUAGGGGGGGGGGGGGGGAAUAAUAUCGUCUCUCUUUUGCUGGUUUUUUUAUUC